AUGAGGCUGUGGACGCUCAAGCUGCGAGCACAAAUAGUUUUUUUUAUCAUCAGCACCUGCAUUAUCUACCAGUGUGGACUAAUACACGGAGAAAUCUGCCAGAGCAAGGACAUCCGGAACAAUGUGACCAACCUCCAGUCGCUGGAGAACUGCACCAUCAUUGAGGGCCACUUGAAGAUUCUACUCAUGUUUAAGACCAAGACCGAGGACUUCCGGGGCCUCAGCUAUCCUCGGUUACGAGUGGUGACCGAUUAUGUGUUGCUGUUCCGGGUCUAUGGCCUGGAGACCCUUACUGGCCUCUUCCCCAACCUGACGGUGAUCCGCGGCAACAACCUGUUCUUCAACUAUGCUCUGGUCAUUUAUGAAAUGCUGCAAAUGAAAGAGGUGGGUCUCCACAGCCUCAUGAAUAUCACCAGAGGCGCAGUUAGGAUCGAGAAAAAUCCGGACCUCUGCUACCUGGCCACCUUAGACUGGUCCAAAAUCUUGGACUCAGUGGAAGACAAUUACAUUGUGGAAAAUAAGAAUGAGAGGGAAUGUGGGGAUGUAUGUCCUGGUACGGCCCAAGGCCAGACCAUUUGUUCACAGAACACUAUCAAUGGACACUUCAGAGGUCGAUGCUGGUCGCAGGAUCACUGUCAGAGAAUGUGUUUGGACAACUGUAAACAUGGUGCAUGCAGCCUCCAGGGCACCUGCUGCCAUGACCAAUGCCUGGGAGGCUGCUCUGAGCCGGGGAACGCCAGCAGCUGCGUGGCCUGCAGGAACCUCCAGCAUGGAAACACUUGUGUGUACAAGUGUCCUCCGGGAUUCUUUGUUUUUAGAGGAUGGCGUUGUGUCAGCUUCUCCUUCUGCCAGGAACUCCACAACCAGUGUAAGCAAACAAAGAAGUUGAACCAGGACACAGAGUCAAACUGCUAUGAAUACGUCAUCCACAACGGGGCCUGUAUCCCAGAAUGCCCCUCGGGAUACACUACUAUUAACUCUACCACGCUGACUUGUUCACCGUGCGCAGGCCUGUGUCCGAAACUGUGUGUCGGUAACAAGACCAUUGACUCAGUAACUUCAGCCCAGGCUCUCAGAGGAUGCACUGUUCUCCAUGGCAACCUGAUCAUCAAGAUUCGAGGAGGCAAUAACAUAGCUGCUGAGUUGGAGGCAAGUUUGGGUCAGAUUGAGGAAAUCACAGGAUACCUGACUGUUCGCAGAGCCUACGCCCUGGUGUCGCUAUCCUUCCUACAUAAACUACGCAUCAUCAGAGGGGUGCAUCUGGAGGGAGAUGUUUUUGCCUUUUAUGCGCUGGACAACCAGAACCUCCGUGAGCUCUGGGACUGGUCCAAGCACAACCUGACCAUUCAGCGCGGUCGUAUGUUCUUCCACUACAACUCCAAACUUUGUAUGAGUGAAAUCAAAAAGAUGGAGGAGGUAACAGGAACCAAGGAGCGCAACCAAAAGAAUGACAUUGCUGUUCGCACCAAUGGGGACCAGGCAUCCUGUGAAACCACAGAGCUUAAAUUUACUGUGAUCAAGACGUCUUCAAAUAAGAUUAUGGUGAAGUGGGAGCCGUUCUGGCCUUUAGACUUCAGAGACCUGUUGGGCUUCAUGGUUCUCUACAAAGAGGCCCCAUAUAAGAACGUGACAGAGUUUGAUGGACAGGAUGCAUGCGGUUCUAACAGUUGGGUGAUCGCCGAUGUUGAUCCACCACGGCGCGUCACAGAUAGCAAGAAGCAGGAGGAGCAAGGUCACCUGAUCAGACCGCUGAAGCCCUGGACCCAGUACGCAAUCAUGGUCAAAACCCAGCUGUCUGCAUCCGAUGAGCAUCAGGCUCAGGGAGCCAAGAGCGAGAUAAUCUACGUCCGCACCAAUGCCUCCAAGCCCUCAGUCCCUUUGGACCCCAUCUCCUCAUCCAACUCCUCCUCUCAGAUCAUCCUGAAGUGGAAGCCCCCCAACAACCCGAACGGCAACAUCACCCAUUACCGGGUCAUCUGUCGCAAACAGCCAGAAGACAGUGACCUCUACAGGAUCGACUACUGCCUUCAAGGAAUGAAGCUGCCGUCUCGUGUUCCGACCCACCUGGACAGCGAGGACGAGCAGAAGUGGAACCACACGGAUGAGCCCACCUCGGGGGGAAAGUGCUGUGCCUGCCCCAAGACAGACAUCCAACUGAAGAAGGAACAGGAGGAGAUCGAGUACCGCAAGACCUUCGAAAACUACCUGCACAACGAAGUCUUCGAGAGCAGACCGGCACGACGGCGGCGUUCCGUGGGAGUUGCCAAUGCCACCCAAACACCUUUCUUCCUCACCACAGUUCCCAGUCCACCAUAUGUCUCCAGCACAGCCAGCUCUGAAGAAGACGAUAUGGAGGGAUCAAAGGUGGAGCUAAAGGUGUUCUCCAAAGAGUCUGCAGUGGUGUCCAACCUACACCACUUCACCAGCUAUAAAAUUGAGAUAAUGGCGUGCAACCACCCGACAGACCUCAAACGCUGCAGCAUGGCAACUUACGUCAGCGCCCGCACAAUGCCAGAGGAGAAAGCAGAUGAUAUCCCCGGGCCUGUGACCCACGAGAUCAUCCAUGGCGAGACUCAUUCUGUGCUUAUUAAAUGGAACGCACCCCGCUCACCGAACGGCCUCAUCAUCCUCUAUGAGGUCUUCUACAGGAGGGUUGGGGACACAGAGGUUCUGACGGUGUGUGUGUCACGACCAGCCUACCUCAAGACCGGUGGCACAAAGCUGUCCCUCGUCCACCCUGGAAACUACAGCGUGAGGAUCCGCGCCACCUCCCUGGCAGGAAACGGUUCUUUUACAGAACCAACAUACUUCUUCAUGCCCAACAAGCAUCCCAAUAUCAUUUGGCUUGUGAUUGGUCCAGUCAUCUGUUUCAUCCUGCUUCUUUUUGUAGGAGGUGGAGUCUUUGUGAUCCUUAAAAAGAGGCAAACAGAAGGACCCACUGGACCUCUUAUUGCCUCCUCUAAUCCUGAGUACAUUAGCACCAAUGAUGUUUAUGUUCCUGAUGAGUGGGAAGUGCCCCGCGAGAAGAUCACAGUUCUCCGAGAGCUGGGCCAGGGGUCUUUCGGGAUGGUGUACGAGGGCAUUGCCAAGGACAUAGUCAAAGGAGACCCUGAGACACGAGUGGCGGUUAAGACAGUCAAUGAGUCGGCCAGUCUGAGAGAGAGGAUCGAGUUCCUCAAUGAAGCGUCUGUGAUGAAAGCUUUCAGCUGUCAUCAUGUGGUGCGCCUCCUCGGUGUGGUGUCCAAGGGUCAACCCACUCUUGUGGUGAUGGAGCUGAUGACCCACGGUGACCUGAAAAGCUACCUGCGCAGUCUGAGGCCAGACUCUGAGAACAAUCCAUCAGGACGUCCACCACCUACGCUGAAGGAGAUGAUCCAGAUGGCGGCAGAAAUCGCAGAUGGCAUGGCCUACCUCAACGCCAAGAAGUUUGUGCACAGAGAUUUGGCAGCCAGGAAUUGCAUGGUAGCAGAGGACUUCACUGUGAAAAUUGGAGACUUUGGGAUGACUCGAGACAUAUAUGAGACUGACUACUACCGUAAAGGGGGGAAGGGGCUGCUCCCUGUCAGGUGGAUGGCUCCAGAGUCUCUGAAGGAUGGUGUCUUCACUGCCUACUCAGACUGCUGGUCAUUUGGCGUUGUGCUGUGGGAGAUCAGUACACUGGCAGAGCAGCCAUACCAGGGAUUAUCCAAUGAACAGGUUCUAAAGUUUGUCAUGGAUGGAGGAUACCUGGACCGCCCUGACAACUGCCCUGAGAGGAUGCACAACCUGAUGCAGAUGUGCUGGCAGUACAACCCCAAGAUGCGACCAAUGUUCCACGAGAUCAUUGAGAUGCUGCGGGAGGACCUGCACCCGUCAUUCCAGGAGUUGUCGUUCUUUUACAGCGAGGAGAACAAAGUCCCUGAGAUGGAGGAGUUCGACCUGGACCUGGACAACAUGGAGAGCAUCCCACUGGACCCGUCUUCAUACUCGCAGCGAGAGGAGAGUUUAGGGCGGGAUGGCGGUCCGUCUGUAGGCCUAAGGGGGAACUAUGAGGAGCACAUCCCCUACACACACAUGAACGGGGGCAAGAAAAACGGACGUAUCUUAUCACUGCCCCGAUCCAGCCCUUCCUAACAUUUCCUGUUAGGAACUUCUGCUCCCAUCCUCUGCCGUCAUCCUUCUUUCUGUUCCAGUCCUUUUUUUCUGUCUCCUUCCUCUCAUUGUUUUCUAAUAAUUUUCUUUCUCUUGGAGAAACCCUUCAACAAAAGACACAGAUCUCAGGACUUAAAUUUUUUUCGUCAUUGCUACCGCACACAGGCAAGCAAGGGAUGCAAACAGGUUUCUUCCUUCACAACUCAUAAGACUUUCUACUGUUACCUAUUGUUUUUCACUAUUGCCAUGUUUCCAGGACUAAAUGGAAACCAAGAGAAAAAAAACUGUGAACACAACUAACCUUAGACAACCAGAAGGCUGCUUUACUCCUCCUCUCUCACCCAUCUGCAUUUCCACAUUUCUGUUUGUUUUCUCCAAGUGAAAUCGUUUUACUCAGAUAGUGGCCUUUUUAUAUGUGGCCUAUAAAAAGAAAAAGUGUCUUGGAGCACUUACUCUAAUUUCCUCUUGAACAAUGACUUAAUCAGUUUGGAACGGUGGAUAUGACUUGAUCUAGUACAAACAUUUAUUCCUAGAGGAAUGUUUUGGGUUGUUUUGUUUUGUUUUUUUCUUCUUUUGGUUCAGCAGAAUUCCAAACUACACACAGAUUCAUCGGGUUUUUGAUGAAUAGUUUUUAAUUUAUUUGCUUUUAUUUUCUCUUCUCGUUCUCUUCCUCCUUUUGUUCAGUUUUAUUUCUGUCCUCACUAUAAGGCUGAAGGAUAUUUAAACAGUUAAGAAUUGGACAAAAGAGUUCCUCAGACUGACCAAUAGCUGCUGCUUUGAUAUAUUUUAGAAGGUAUAUAAAUACAUAAAUAUAUAUUAUAUAUUGUAUAUAUAUGGAAUAUUGGUAUUGUGGUACCAGUAUUUUAUAUAUAAUAUAAGACACAUUGAUGUUUUUGUAAAUAGUUCAUAUUUGUAAGAUUUUCCAUCAGAAGCUUUGCUAGUAUUCUGUUUAAUUUUGUCAGGUUUUUUCUCUCUGAGUUUUUAAAAUGCUCUUAUUUUUCUAUUUCCCAGAAAACACACUAGUUUACCAUCAGUGCUCUCUGUGUCUUGGGCCUCCAGGCCCCCUCCCUUACCCUCCUGAAAAUACUGUCAACUUACUGCAUCAUGUUUUUGUGAUAAACCUGGAUUCCACUGGGCACUGUCGGUAUUCACAAGCAAUUUUACUACAAUAAUAAUGAAAAACAGACAAAAUAACCAAAAGAAAAAGCUUUAUAAAGGAGGAUGAGGUCUGUGUAAGGUGGAGGUGCACCUGAUGUGUUUGGUUCCCUGGUCAGGCCACACAGGAGCUCAGUGCUCUGUUUGGUUGAUGUGGGUUUAUCAUGUGACUCUCCUGCUGAUUCUGAGUCGCUGUGAGGUUAGAGAGUAUGUGAAGUGCUUUUGGAUUUUCUCCUUUUUUAGCUCUAUGGUCAUUCAGUUCUGUCAGUGGAGAUGGGUCUCCUUUUUUUGUUUGGUUUGUGAACAGUGCUAAAGAAUUGAAAUCAGAUAGUGGUAGCAUUAAGGCUGUAACUAGCAAGUAUUUCAUUGUCAACUAUAGUCUUGAUGAAUCAAUUAAUGGUUUGGUCAGUAAAAAAAUGUCAAUAAGCUCGAGAUGACAUCCUCUAAUGUCUCGUUCAAUGCAAAACCCAAAGAUAUUCAUUUCUCUGUCACAUAGGAGAAAAGAAACCAGACAAUAUUCACAUUUAAGAAGCUAGAAUCGCAGAAUUUAGAGUUGUACUUAUCAAAAUAGUUGAUUAUUUUAGUAGUCAAUUAAUCAUUGCAGUUCUAAGCAGCAUCAAAAUGUCACCUGUGACCCUGGUGUAAUGACCAUACACAAACACAACACUGGUCAACAGGUCUGUUCUAUAACCAUUGGUGUUAAUCUGACCCCGAAGUGAAUAUAAUAUGACAAUAUAAAUAAAUAAAUUAUAAAUCUAUAAUAAUAUAUAAAUAUAUAAUAUACAUAACUAACAUGUUUCUUACCUUUUAUCCACAAAGCUCACACUCAAGGCAAAAAUGUCAUUAAUCCACAAAUCUUGCCAGUUUAUUCAAAAGGCACACGAAAAGUUAUCCACAAAGGAAAAAAUAAAUCUGACACUCUCCUUAUUAAUUGCAUUGAUAAAUGUAAGAUGCAUAAAAACUAAGUCAGUGAUUUCUGGUAAAUUUGACAUGCAAACAUCUCAUCUUAAAUUUUUUAACCCAAUCAAUCAAAUAAUUAUCAGCAUUAAGUUGGACACAUCAAAAGGCAGAAAAACAUUGAUUUCCUCUUUAAAGCUAGUCUUUAACCAGAGAAGCAUCCUGUGCUGUAAAACACAAGUGAUGCUUUCAGCCCAGCAACUCAUCAUCAUCAACCUUCAUCCAGACAAAAUCAACACAAAAUCUCUAGUUUAUCUGAAAACAUCCACAAAAAAUGAUCCACAAAGGACAAUAUAAUCCUGAUGAAGAUGAUGAAGGCUGAUGCUCUGAGCUCUUCUUAUUCUUCUGUUCAUGUUAUAAAUCAAAGUGAGGGAGUAAAAUAGUGUCACUGUGACAUGUUCAACAUCAUCCCUUGUACAUUCAGCUGUAUUCUGACUGUAAUUCUUGGGGUGGACAGCCCUUUAGACUGAUGUCUUAUUACUGCCAUUAUUCAGUUUCUCAUCCUGCACCAGAUCCUCCAGAUCAGUCAGGCUGUGUAGUGAUGGAAGCACUGGAGGAGAAUGUGGGAAGUUCCAGCAUUCAGAGUUCACAGCAGGUAUUGGAGCCUCUGCACUCCAUUACGUGGACAGUGGUUAUUAAUCCUGUUACUCUGUCUCUUUUAUCACAUGCGUGCAAGGUGGCGGGUACAUGGCGGCAUCACUCAGGUCCAACAUUCCAGGUUUUAGUUGGAAGCACUCGUCCAAUCCUGUUUAUGCCCCGCCCAUACAGCUGUUACCAGCACCAAUUACAGUCUCCUUAUUUCUUAGUCAUUGUGUCGUAAUGACCGAGUGACUUUCUGAAACAUUCACUUGAGGGGAAUGUUCUUGAUGUAUGUCCGUUUGAGAAACAUUCCUGUCAGUAGCUGCCUUUACAUGGACAUUAUUUCACUAAUAAUCGGAAAAACUGUCCAAUCACUAUCAGAAUGCUGAAUGGAUUCAAAGCAGUGGUGUGAACCUUUGACAACUCAUCAUCACUCUGUGAUUGGAGAAUGAAUACCUGUUCGUCCAACAUUAGUUAGCACGAGGAGAGAUAAAAACACAUUAAAAGACAUUAGAAGAAUAAAAGAAGGGAUUCACAGAUGCAUCAUGAUUACUGAUAUUGUCCCUUUUGACGCCAGUGGUCGAUGUUUAUCUGUUUAUCCAAAAAUUCAUAUGAUUAAGUUUGUGCCUCAAAAUCUCAAACCAUUAGAACAGUUAUUGACAAUUUCUAUGUUUCUUUGGCACAGAAAAAAUGUAAUGAAAACAAAUAAAGAGAAAAUAACAUCAGCGUAGGCACAGAAUUUCACAAUCAGUGCAUAGUCAAAGAGGACAAGUGUCUGAAACAUAGUGUUUGAGCUACCAUGGUUGGAAUCUGUAGAGAACAGAGACAACAUCCAUCUGAAUGGUUCCUCUCCUCUGGUAGAUUCAGGGCCACCAUUGGUCAUUGCAGCUGUCAAUCAUAUUGCUUAUUUAAGUGCAGCUGCCAAUGCAGUGAAGUGUGUCAUAUGACUCUUAACACAGACUGAUCCUCUGUAUGAAGGUUCUUCUUUACUCUCUAACCAUCAUCAACAAAUGAGGGUAUAGUAGCACAAAGACAAUAUUUUUAUUUUCCUGGUCAACAUAGGCCAAACAGUGUUCAGCGCUUACAGCAGAGCCAAAGCGGUGGCAGCUUCCUGUCAAUAAUGAGAACUUGCACAGAUAGAAAUCAGAGAUUCUGUCACCACGUGUUGUUUUUUCUUUUUCUUUUCUUUACCAGUGCCUUCUCCAACCACCCAGAGCUAUGUCCACAUCCAGGCUCUUUGUGCUCUUUUGCUCUAGUUUUAUUCUCUCGUCGACAGGAGAGGCUGAUCUGUGUUUGUAGGGUCAAUGGUCACAAGACCAGCAUGUUGGGGACAGUCACCAAACACCUUUUGGUGUUUUGUGGGUAGUGUAAAGGUUUGAACUGUGACACUGUGGAUUAGAAACACACACACAUACAAAGGUGCCUAUGGUUACCAAAUACAUUUUAGCUCAUUAUUAUCCCAGGGAAAUUAUAAUCUGGGCUUUUGUAUUUUGUAAAUAUUCUGUGACGUAGUUUGGAAAAUAAAAGCAGAAAAAUUAUAAUAUU